AUGAACGCCUUGGAGACGAGUUCGUCCUGUAGCGCCUGCGAUGCCAGACUCGAACCCGAGCUCCAAGAGUACCAGCCGCCCCUGAGCCCCCCGAUUCGUGACCUGGCCGACCUCCCGAAGCGGCCCUUCAUCACCAAUGACAAGACGGACGCAGACCAGCUUCGUCGUCACAAGGCGUACUCGAAGCGUGACUCGGGCAAGCUUCUCAAGGAGGCCGAGUAUGAGCGCGACCCCACGCUCGUCGAGGUGAUCCCCGAGGAGCGGUGCCGCCGCUGCUCGUCGCAGUACUGGCGCUGUUUUGUCGAGCGCAACCCCGACUCGCCGCGCCGCGUGUGCCGCCCGUGUGGCAAGAACAAGUGCAGCUUUGGCAACUCGCCCAACCGCCCGGCCACGUUUGACGACACCAUGCCCCCGCCGCUCCAGUACCAGCAGUCGCACGCGCAGCUCGAGCACGCUGCCACCGCCUCGCACAUGCCGAUCCCUAUUACCCCCGCUUCGCAGUGGCGAUCCUUUGGUGCGAGUGUGGACCCUGGCAGCUCGAGCAGCAACAUUGGGCCCAUCCGUCCCCGCCCCCGCGCCCUCUCCCUCACCCCGCGCCAGUUCCCCGGUGCCAUGUACGCGGACCGCUGGCGCGAGUUCGACAUUGCAUCGCCGGCCGACAGCCCGCCGAUGCUCGACGACUCUCAGGACCGCGACAUGCCCGACAGCAGCGGCUGGGCCACCCCAUGCACCGAGCUGUCGAGCCCGCGCACCGACUCGGGCAUGUACGAGCCCAUGGUCGCGUUGACCACGGCCGUCACCAAGCUGUCACCCGCCACGCGGCCGUCGCCAGCCACGGCCACACCCAAGCUCCCGUCGUCGUCGUCGACAUCAUUAUCGUUGUCUUCGUCGUCGUCGUCGUCGUCGUCGCCGCCCCCGCCGCCGGGCAAGCACCUCGAGUGGCUCGGUGCCGUGCUCAAGAUUGCGUCCAUCAGCUCGGAGGACGACCGCAAGAAGCUCAUGGCGGACGUUGCCAUCACGGGUGACCUCGACCCCGACGCCCAGGCCCGCUGGGUCCAGGACGUUACCGAGACGUGGUUGCGUAACCACGACGUCGAGGAGCGCCUCAAGGCCGAGGACAAGCGCGUGACGGCGGAAAACAUCAAGGCGAUCGAGGCGAGGACCCGGGCGCUCGAGGAGCGUACGUCGAUCCUGGAGUCGUGGGCCGAGCGCCCCCGUGACCUUUCGACGACUGACACCAUGCUCAACGACAGCGGUGCGGCUCGUUACCGCUGGUGCCCGCCAGCCGCGCUACCAGCGCGUUCCCCCGCGGGUGUGUAA